UUGGCAGGUUACAUGCAAGAACUCCAGUUACAAACAAGUACUAAAGUAUUUGUAUAUAGUUGGUUAUAAUGUUCCCAGAAGGUUACAAGCAUGAUACAAUGAAUGAAUCCAUGUAUUGUAUUUAUUGUAUCAUGGUUACAAGGAUUUUGCUUUUUAGCGUCGCCUAUUAAAAAGUGUCAGCACUGGCAGCAUCGGAUCAUUGUUGACAUUAAAUCGACAAAUGACGGUAUGCCCAUUUGUUUGGAUUACUUUAUAAUAAUAAGUGUUUGUAAAUACAACGUGCUAUACAUGAAUAGAAUAGAAGGUAUCAGAGUCACCCCACUAAGCGCAUAAGCAGCAGAACUUGACUGCCAUUGAGUCCACGCAACGUGUAGGUUAACGGGCCGUCCAGUACCAUUAACUACAAAAUGAAUGUAUCGUCAAUCCAAGAGCGGCUCCAAUUGAAACGUGAGCCUUUAGACAAAUGGUCUGUUCGCGAGCAGCUAUGCUUGGCUUCAGCAGUUUCGCGAAGUGGAGACCAGAAUUGGAUGUCCGUCAGUCGAGCACUCAAACCAUUCGGCGAUAGCAAUCGGCCUUUAGACUGGUUUCAUCAGAAAAACUGUGCCGCCCAAUAUGGAGCUCUGCUCUCUCACGUUGAAACGCCUAAGCGGAAGAAGCGAUCGGGUAACGAGACCAUUAUGGAAACCCCUGUCGAAUGCAUCCUGAGGCGACUAUUGUCUGAAAGACAGAACCAACUCAGAGAGCUGCUGGCUGAAGAAAAAGCCGAGUAUAACAGAUUGCAAGACGAUAUGAAGCAGAUGCAGUCAGGAAAGUUGUCAGAAGAACAGCUGGACAAAUGGUGUAAAGAAAUUGACGAAGAAGAAUCAAAAAGGGAAGAAGAGACAUCGAAUCGUGUGAAAUGGCUGAAACAGCGAGAUUUGCGGAAGCAAGAGAUAGAACGAGCAUGGAGAUUGACCAAACCGUCCUCAGUUUCCCUCUCUAGUCAAAAACGUAAAUCCCCUGUUGAUGACUUUUUGGAGCAAGAAAUUGGUGUCUCCCAGUACAUGAACCUUCAACGACCACAGAAACCCUCCCAGUUUUCCGCGGAGAUUCAGCAACCGCCCGAGCCGGCCAAACCUGCUCUGUCGCCGCUAUUAACCAGCCUGUUAAAGUCACCCUCACAAGUUCCCAUCUCCACUUCAUCUAUUUUGCAUACUGCCAUCACUCAACAGAGCAAUAAAUUGCCGGAAGUGAGUAGCAGCCAUUCCAGUCCGACCAUUACCAGUCUGUUGCAUUCAAGUGCCAUAUCGUUUACUCAAAACCAAUCGGACGAUUGCAGUCAGCCCUUAAAUGCUGAUAUUUUAGAUGACAACAAUUUGAAAAUUGACGAUUUAGCUAAAAGUAUUCUGGUGCAGGAUGGGCCAUUCCCUGAGAUUAAAAAAGAAGAAGUCGAUGAUAUUAUUUCGGAAAUAAUCGAAAACAAUCAUGACAUUGUGUCUGAUCCGGAGCAGCAUUUGCAGCUCGACGGGAAUGGAGAUAUUAACAUUAAUUUGGAAUUGGAUGAACUGGAACAAGAAGAGACCAUGAAGGAUGCGUCCUGCCCAGUCAAGCCAGAACCCCCAGUAGAGGUUCCCCCAGUCGUGGACCCUUUCGAGUUUCAGGAAGAUCCGAUAAUGUUUGAAUCGCCAGUGAAAACAGUAAAACAAGAAGGCCAAUAUCUCCCGCUGUACCAGCAGUCUUCGCCAGUGAAGGUCGAAGAAACGGACAAAGUUAAAGCAACGGAAUCGGCUGAGAGUAGGAAUAAUUCUUUAAAUCCGCAAUCUUCUUUCGAUGUAGUUACAGACAAAACUGUUGUGGAAGAGGUGCAAAAAAUCGCUAGUGACUGCCCCAUCAGUACUGAUGCAGCCCAAUACGAAGAAAAUGACACCAAACCCAUAUCGACCCAAGAGAAUGUUUCAGAAAAAGCGAAUGUUGUAGAGGAGGAUAAAGAAUGUAUAGCUCAAACAGAUGCUCCAGCUGAUGAACAGCCGGCCUUAGAAACUCAAGAAGAGUUAAAGUCAAGUUGCUGCGAGUUGCCGAAAACCGACGAAUCCAGUUCAGAAACAACAAAUUUAUCACAGAGCGAAACUGCUCCCGAGUAUGAAGAUGAUCUAUAUGAUAAUGUCAAUAUGGAGGUGAAAAUCGACAAAACGGGCAAAACAAAGCGGGAUUAUUCACGCACUAAAAAGAGAGACGACAAGAACUUCGAUAUGCUGAUCGGUAUUGAAAAACCUCAUCUGGACAACGACGAUUUCUCUGACAAAAAAGAGCCAGUGAUGGUGCCCUUGAUGAAAGUGGACAAUGAGCGUUCUAAUAGUCCAUGGGCAGAAGAAGAAGACGGGAAUUUGAAAAAACGGCGAUAUUCUACCCCCAUGGACUCGAUGCCUAAUUCUCCUGCGUCUAGCACUGCUUACGACGACGACAAGGACUAUCGAAACUGGAAGAAGUCCAUGAUGUUGGUGUACAAUCGUUUGGCUUCGAAUAAGUAUGCAUCACUCUUUUUUAAGCCUAUCACUGAAGAACAUGCACCGGGUUAUCGGGCUAUCGUGUAUAGGCCCAUGGAUCUGCAGACUAUCAAGAAAAAUAUCGAUACAGGAGUGAUUCGCACAUCCCUCGAGUUUAAACGUGAUGUAAUGCUUAUGUUUACCAAUGCCAUCAUGUUCAAUAAGACGAGAGAUACGGUUUAUAACAUGGCUUUACAAAUGCAAAAAGAGUCGAUGAAUCCAAUCGACAUUCUGUUACAGGCAGAUGGGCAAGUGGAAGCACCGAUCAGGCGAGAAACUCGCACAAGUGAAUCGGGUUGCAAGCGGAAAAGGGGCGGGGGCGUUGAGGAAAGUACAAAAAAAAGGAAAAAAGAUGAAUAACAUGAUAGAAUUUACAAGAAUUUUAUACUGAUACUGGUAUAAAGUAUAUAUGUAUUUGUACAAUCCCACACGUUUGCGCCAAUUUCUAAGUAUACAGAAAAACAUGUUUGAAUAAGCCGGUCAUUAGAAAUUGCUUUGCCCACUAAUUUUCUAGCCUCAAGUUUGCAUUUAAUAUAUUAAUUUAAAUGUGCAA